UUUAUACAUUUGUGGUUGCCGUUACUGCUCGAAGGAAAAGGAAAGCAAAAGGAAGGAAAAGAACUUGUUUGGCGGCAAGAGAAAGUGGGAAGGAAAAGAAAGAGCUGAGAAAGAGUAGCGGUGUGACACAUUUUUAACCAUGAUUAUUAUGGCCACUACCCCUCUUUCCUCUCAUUUCUCUCCUCUUCCUUCCUUCUCUUCUUCCCAAUCACGUUCCGUUCCAAAACCUUUACUCUUUCCUUCCUCUUUCCCUUCUUCCAACUUUAGGAAAUUACGAAAAACUCCUCUCCUUGUUUUAUCUUCCAAUAAUUUCGAUGCCUUUCCUUCACGUGAUGCCUCCGGUUCCAAUCCUAUUUCUUCUAAGGCGAUUCCGAGUAGUUCAACCAACAUAUUUGAGCUGUUGUUCACUUGUUGUGGAUCCCAAUAUUGACAAGAAGAUAGACAGGAAGUCGGUCCUCAAUGUUCUGAUACAGGACAUAGAACCAUUGGAUGUUAGCCUUAUCCAUAAAGAUGUCCCCCCUACAACUGUGGAUGCCAUGAAAAGGACUAUUUCAGGGAUGUUUGGUUUACUUCCAUCUGACAGGUUUCAAGUCUAUAUUGAGGCAAUGUGGGAACCUUUGUCGAAGUUGUUGGUUUCUUCUAUGAUGACUGGUUAUACACUGAGGAAUGCUGAAUAUAGGCUUUGCCUUGAAAGAAACCUUGGUUGUGACACAGAUUUGGAACAUCAAAGUUCAGAAAAGCCAAACUUUGACCUACAGGAGAUUGUGUUAGAUGGUACAAAAGUAAAAGAACUUUCAAGGAAAAAUGAUUCGUCAUCUGAAUCUGAAAAAACCACUGAGAACCAAUUUGAAGAUAUUGAAUUUGAAGGCCUGGGUGAAAUAUCCCCUGAAACUCGUAAAUAUAUUCUUCAUUUGCAGUCUCGUCUAGCUUCAGUGAAAAAGGAACUACAUGAAUUAAAGAAGAAAAAUGAGGCCAUGCAAAUGCAACAGUUUGUUGGGGAAGAAAAGAAUGAUUUACUUGACUACUUAAGAUCACUACAACCCGAAAAGGUAGUUGAGCUUUCUGAACCGUCUUCCCCUGAAUUGAAAGAAACUAUCCACUCUGUAGUCCAUGGUCUCCUUGCCACUCUUUCUCCGAGGAUGCAUUCCAAGGUUCCUCUGUCAGAGAACACGGCAACCGGAACUAUAAAUAUUGGAAGUGAAAAUUGUUCCGAACUCGUUGAGGAUACUUCGCUCCAGCUACAGCCGUUAAUUUCCUUAACACGAGACUAUCUUGCUCGUCUUCUCUUCUGGUGUAUGCUGUUGGGACACUACCUUAGAGGCCUCGAGUACCGUCAGGAACUAAUGGAACUUUUAUCCUUGACUAGCAGUGUCAACAAUAACGACUGUGGAGGUGACCAGUGAGCACAUCGGUUAGAGUUGUUCUGAUUCGAAUGCUUCCAUCUGUCCAUCUGUAUAUAAUCGGUCGAUGCUAACUUCUUUUUCUGGGAAAAGAAAAAGGAAUUCAAUUGAGCAAGAUUUGACCCUUCACUGUCUUGCAGCUGGAGAGUUUCUUAAUGUACAACACUUCAAAAAAGGAAGAUUAUUGCAUUCAAUUUUUUUUGUUAA